AUGCAGCUGUUUUUCAGGGAUCGUGGAUUUGUUCUGGUUAUUAUUUGGUCUGAUAUAGGUGUUAUAGCCAAGAGUAUUGGAGAGAAGUUAUAUGGAUCUCAUUUCAAACGAAUUAAUGACCUUGUAGAAUUCCUUGGCGUGAUUGGCUUGAAACUGCCUUUCCUCAUUUUCACGGUGUCAUCAGAAGGGCAAGGAAGGUCAAAAAAGGAUAAGAAGUUGGAAGAACAGCAUGAAGACGGUAAAGGAUCGUCAGGAUCCUCACAAGCCAAGAGUCCGGCUUCAUUAUCAAAAUCGAAGUCGACCACAAAAAUCAGAGAUACGCUGAAAAAAGCAUUGUCUGACAAGGACCUCGAGAAAAAAACAAAGCAGACCAAAGAAAGCCGUCCAACAGCCGCUGCGGCCAAAGAUAAGAGUAAGCAACCUCCAGGUGCAUCGCCAGAAAGCACUCCGAACAAUAAACCAGCUGAGGCCAAGAAACCUCCACCACCGCCACCACAACCACCACCUCCCGAACCUGAUUCGAAUGAUUUCAUGGCAAAAGCGGCCGCAGCACAGACUAUUGUCGAUCCGGCUCUCGUGCAGAAAAAAGGCAACAUCGAUGACGAAAUUGCCGUGAAGUGGGGUGAUGCGAAGUGUGUCGUUUACGAGAUCAGAGAUCAAGCAACUCUGGAGGACGACCUCGACGACGCUGCAGAUCUGUAUUGA